GCCAUUGCACACAUAUCUUCUCGUUCUUAAAUCAAGCUGCUGCCUCUCCCUCCUCCUCUUGACAAGCACCAUUCCUCUCAACUGAACCUGUCAAACAGAGAGAGAAGUAGAUGAUAGCGUGAGAGAAUAGAACAGAAGAAAGAAGAUAAAAAAAAAGAAAAGGAAAGGAAAGCUCUGUGUAAAGCCUGCAUCUACGUGCUCUCUUUGGUUGGGGUGUUCUUGCUGCUAGAACUAGCUUAGCCUGGUUCUGCCAUGGAGUGAAGAGGCCUCUCGUUCAUCUCCGAUUCUUGGGGGUUGUCUUCAGCUGUUCAGCAAGAGCCGAGAGCUUAGCUUGGGGCAAAGGAAAUGCCGUCCCGGAUGAUGCAGGCGUUCGCGCAGGAGGCUUCCGACUUCGACCGGCAGAUGGGCUGCAUGGCCGGCAUGUUCCAGAUCUUCGACCGCCGCCGCCUCCUCACCGCGCGUCAACGCGGCGGAGCCCGAGGCACGGCGCCACCAGGCCAUGUUUUGCCAAACAGCAACAGCAAUGUCUCGAUUCAAAACCCAGUUGCUUCAAACAACACUCUGGACAAAACCUUCAGCAAAAGUAUGACCGAGAACAGUAGCCUCUCCAUGGAAUCAUCGCGGGCAUCUUCUUCUUCCUCAUCGUGCUCUUCGUUCUCGUCCACAGACAUCAACAGACCAAUACAACAAGAGCUCUCCUACAUCAACAAAGAGCGUUUUGCUGGGAAGCCACCAAGAAGCUCACAGACAAAGAGUGUGAAAUGUUCCAAGACAGAGGCCAAAACCAAAGACCCACACACUGGCUUUAGAGACAUUGUCAAGGAGUCCAUCAACCGGGAAACCCAUGGUAUGACCAUCAAGACGUCGACAAAGGAGUCCAGAAAAGGAUUGCACAAAGACUCACCAAGGCCGUUGCUGAUCUCCAAAUCAACCGAUGGAACUUACGUGAUUGGGAUCGACAGGAGCACCGGCGUUCCUGGAUAUGUUCAUGAAUCCAGCAGGCCACCACGCUUCUCAUGCGACGAUCGGCAACUCCUGAGGUCGGUCGAAGCGCAAGACAGCAAGAAGCCUUCAGCAAAGCUCAAGGAGCUUCCCAGGCUGUCCUUGGACAGCAGAAAAGAAUCCAUGAAUCCAUGUUCACGUCUGAAGAACUCUGGCUACAUAAGAACUGAUGACAACCUCCUGGAUGUUCUGAAGCACCAAGAAUCGCCGAGCCAUCAGCGGGCCAGCAGCGUCGUUGCCAAGCUCAUGGGGUUGGAAGGAACUACUCCUGACAUCCAUGAGACGGCAAGGUCACCUACACCUGUCCAUGGCACGCAAAUUGAUCAGCCGUCACACUGUCAAAGGAUCAAGAACCAAGAUCAUAGUGUCCCGGUGCAGAAGAAUCACUCUCCAGUACUGAAAACCAAUCCUUCUCCAAGAAUUAUCCCUGAAGCAGCCCCAUGGAGACAGAAUGAGAGAGCUGUAACAGGACGUGCAGCUGAAGUGAAGCCAAGAACUGCAUCCAUCUAUGCUGACAUACAGAGAAGACUCAGGGGUCUAGAGUUGUCGGAAUGCAACAAGGAACUGAGGGCUCUCAGGAUAUUGAGCACACUGCACAAAAAGGAUGGCCCAAGCCAGAGCGACAACAAUCCUGAAUUAACAGCCAUUCAAAAGAAGGCCUCUGAACAAAUAGUUGAUUCUGAAAAUUUCCAGUCUCCAAUUGUGAUCAUGAAACCAGCAAGAUGCAUCACAAAACCUGAUGCUUCAGAUACUUUGGUUGCUCCCCUUUCAAGGCCAAAAGGCAUAAGAAGACUACGGCAUGAAGAGACAUCUUUCACCAGGAAGAAUGAAAACAGUGAUAGCAAGAGAAAUCAUUCUCCGAAUGAAAGUGCUCAUUCCAGUGGUGAGGAACCUGUAAAUUCUGCAAGAUCACCAAGGCUUUCCAGCUCAUUGAGCCCCAGGCUGGCACAGAAGAAGGCGGACUCUGAAAGGAGGUCUCGUCCACCGGUUUUGCCAACGUCACCAGGCAAGAAAUCUAAAGAAACAGUGUCCCCAAGAGGCAGGCUAAGAUCAAGGCACUCGCAAACAAAGAGCAACUCUGACAACGAUAAUGUGUUACACAUCCCUGAAACUAAAAUCAAUUUGGCAAAGCAGAUCGAUGUGGGUGUCGUUGAUCAUCCGAAUCCUCUGAAUGCCAACUCACCAUAUAUCCAUCAAAGCAAAAUAGCUUCAACACCCAAUCGUGAGGAAAUGCCUACAAUUCUACCUGCAGACAAGAAGAAGAUCCAUCCACAGGAGAACAUCCCAAGUCCUGUGUCAGUUCUUGAUGCAACAUUUUAUCAUGAGGGGUCAUCGCCUUCUCUGAAGAGAAUCUCAGAUUCCUUCAAAGACGGCGAGACGCAUACUUCAGAUGAGAGUUGGAACCCAACAAGCCUCCCUGAUACACCACCUUCAAAGGCAAGCAACGAUGGCAACCAGAUAAAGGCAGAAAACAUGAAAGCCCUCAUCCAAAAGCUUGAGCUCUUGCAAAUGUUGAGUGAGGAAGCUCUGAAAACCGAUGACACUUUUUCAUCAGUUGCUGCCAAUAAAGAUCACCAGUACCUCUACGAGAUACUUUCAGCAUCAGGGAUCCUACACAACAAACUAAAUUUUCAAAUGAUGCCUCAUCAGCUGCGACCAUCAAGCUACCCGAUUAAUCCAGAGCUUUUCCUCAUCCUUGAACAAGCAAAACCAGACGAAGAAAAGCUGCACCGUAGGCUCAUAUUUGAUCUUGCAAAUGAACUCCUCGCCCAGCAAAUGGAUGCCAACCACACUGUGAAUUCAUCAGUGCAGUUCUUUCAGUCAAAGAAGUUAAGUGGGUGGCAACUUUUCAAGGACUUAUGUGCAGAGAUUGACAUGAUCCAGUCUCGGUCCUCAAUGAUAAGGUGCUCUGAAGAGGAAGAUAGCAGGCUAGCAGAGGAUGCAAUGCAAGGCAUGAAAGAGUGGAAGAGCUCCGACAGUGAACGGCAAGGAAUUGUUUUGGCCAUUGAAAAAUCCAUCUUUAAGGAUCUUAUUGAUGAGAUAAUUAGUGGAGUAGACAAAGGGAAGGUGCACCUGACGCAAUGGAAGCUAAGGAGGCAGCUGUCUUUCAUCAGCAUAUAGGCCAAAUUUCUGCUUCUUAGGAAGCUUAGCUAAUGGUAUAUGUAACCGUUUUAAACUGGCUAUACAAUCCAUGAGUUAACUGACAUAUAUAUAUCUACAUGAGCAAGCAAACAGUAACACUGAGAUCUUGCCAACCAAAAAAAAAAAUAUCCAAAGAUUCCCUCGAA